AUGUCGUCCGGGGGCAAGGAGGGGGGCGGGGGCUCCCCUGCCUACCACCUCCCGCACGCACACCCACACCCACCCCAGCACGCCCAAUAUGUGGGCCCCUAUCGGCUGGAGAAGACGCUGGGCAAAGGACAGACAGGUCUGGUUAAACUCGGGGUCCACUGCAUCACGGGCCAGAAGGUUGCCAUCAAGAUCGUGAACCGGGAGAAGCUGUCCGAGUCGGUGCUGAUGAAGGUGGAGCGGGAGAUUGCCAUCCUGAAGCUCAUUGAGCACCCACAUGUCCUCAAGCUCCACGACGUCUACGAGAACAAGAAAUAUUUGUACCUGGUUUUGGAGCACGUGUCUGGAGGUGAGCUGUUCGACUACCUGGUAAAGAAGGGGAGACUGACCCCCAAGGAGGCCCGGAAGUUCUUCCGCCAGAUCGUGUCGGCGCUGGACUUCUGCCAUAGCUACUCCAUCUGCCACAGAGACCUGAAGCCUGAGAACCUGCUUCUGGACGAGAAAAACAACAUUCGCAUCGCGGACUUCGGCAUGGCGUCCCUGCAGGUGGGGGACAGCCUCCUGGAGACCAGCUGUGGGUCCCCUCACUAUGCAUGCCCAGAGGUGAUUAAGGGGGAAAAGUACGAUGGCCGCCGGGCGGACAUGUGGAGCUGUGGAGUCAUCCUGUUCGCCCUGCUUGUGGGGGCUCUGCCCUUCGACGAUGACAACCUCCGCCAGCUGCUGGAGAAGGUGAAACGAGGCGUCUUCCACAUGCCCCACUUCAUUCCUCCAGACUGCCAGAGCCUCCUGAGGGGGAUGAUCGAAGUGGAGCCGGAGAAAAGGCUCAGCCUGGAGCAAAUUCAGAAACAUCCCUGGUACCUGGGCGGGAAACACGAGCCAGACCCAUGCCUGGAGCCAACCCCAGGCCGCCGGGUGGCCAUGCGGAGCCUGCCAUCAAACGGAGAGCUGGACCCUGAUGUCCUGGAGAGCAUGGCUUCACUGGGUUGCUUCAGGGACCGCGAACGGCUGCAUCGCGAGCUCCGCAGCGAGGAGGAGAACCAAGAAAAGAUGAUAUAUUAUCUGCUUUUGGAUCGGAAGGAGCGGUAUCCCAGCUGUGAGGACCAGGACCUACCUCCUCGGAAUGAUGUUGACCCACCCCGGAAGCGUGUGGAUUCCCCCAUGCUGAGCCGUCACGGGAAGCGGCGGCCAGAGCGGAAGUCCAUGGAAGUCCUGAGCAUCACGGAUGCCGGGGGUGGUGGCUCCCCGGUGCCCACCCGACGGGCCCUGGAGAUGGCCCAGCACAGCCAGAGAUCCCGUAGUGUCAGUGGAGCCUCCACUGGUCUGUCAUCCAGCCCUCUGAGCAGCCCAAGGAGUCCGGUCUUUUCCUUCUCACCGGAGCCCGCUGGAGAUGAGGCCCGGGGUGGGGGCUCACCGACUUCCAAAACGCAGACGCUGCCUUCUCGGGGCCCCAGGGGUGGGGGCGCCGGGGAGCAGCCCCCUCCCCCCAGUGCCCGCUCCACACCCCUGCCCGGCCCCCCAGGCUCCCCACGCUCCUCCGGGGGGACCCCCUUGCACUCGCCCCUGCACACGCCCCGGGCCAGCCCCACUGGGACCCCAGGGACAACACCGCCCCCCAGCCCCGGCGGUGGCGUCGGGGGAGCCGCCUGGAGGAGUCGUCUCAACUCCAUCCGCAACAGCUUUCUGGGCUCCCCACGCUUUCACCGGCGCAAGAUGCAGGUCCCCACUGCCGAGGAGAUGUCCAGUUUGACACCAGAGUCCUCUCCGGAGCUGGCAAAACGCUCCUGGUUCGGGAACUUCAUAUCCUUGGACAAAGAAGAACAAAUAUUCCUCGUGCUAAAGGAUAAACCUCUCAGCAGCAUCAAAGCGGACAUUGUCCAUGCCUUCCUGUCGAUCCCCAGCCUGAGUCAUAGUGUGCUGUCACAGACCAGCUUCAGGGCUGAGUACAAGGCCAGUGGUGGCCCCUCCGUCUUCCAGAAGCCCGUCCGCUUCCAGGUGGACAUCAGCUCCUCUGAGGGUCCAGAGCCCUCCCCCCGGCGGGACGGCAGCGGUGGUGGUGGCAUCUACUCUGUCACCUUUACUCUCAUCUCCGGUCCCAGCCGUCGGUUCAAGCGGGUUGUAGAGACCAUCCAGGCUCAGCUGCUGAGCACUCAUGACCAGCCCUCCGUGCAGGCCCUGGCAGACGAGAAGAAUGGCGCCCAGACCCGGCCUGCCGGGACCCCGCCCCGAAGCCUGCAGCCCCCGCCCGGCCGCCCAGACCCAGAGCUGACCAGCUCUCCCCGCCGAGGCCCCCCUAAGGACAAGAAGCUCCUGGCCACCAACGGGACCCCCCUACCCUGACCCCAGGGGGCCGGGAAAGGAGGGGCGCCCCCUCCACCCCCCUUCCCUGCCCCCCAACUGUGAAUCUGUAAAUAGGGCCCAAGGAGUACGUAGGGAGGGGGGAGACACAACAAACCCGGCCUUGCCCUGCAGGGAUAGGGCUCAGGGGGCCGUGCCCA